CCGCGGAACUUAACAGGAUCAGAAGAGGCUGCCGAGUGUUUAUCAAGUGGUGGAGCGGUCAGAGGCAUCAUGGCCAUGUCCCAGGAGCGGAUUGCCUAUCUGGGGCUCUGGGUGCUCCUUCUGCUUGGUGCAGGCAUGGAGGAAGUUGUGGAGGGAUGUAGCUGCUACCCAGCACACCCACAGCAGCUAUUCUGCAGCGCUGAGAUCGUGAUAAGGGCAAAAAUCUCUGGAGAGAAGAUUGUGUCGCCUAGCAACAGCUCCUCACCUUACAUGAAGAUGAUCCAAUAUGAAAUCAAAAUGAUCAAGAUGUUCAAAGGUUUUGACAAGGCCAAGGAUAUCCAGUAUGUGUACACUCCAGUCUUCUCCUCACUGUGUGGCGUCAAACUGGACUCCAACAAUAAAGCAGGGUAUCUGCUCUCAGGAAGUAUGUGGAGUGAUGGGAGGAUUUCUAUUGGCCAGUGUGACCUAGUAGAGUCCUGGGACAACUUGUCACUGUCGCAGAAGAAGAAUCUCAACUACAGAUACCAGAUGGGCUGUGAAUGCAGAAUCAACACUUGUUACACAGUGCCGUGUGCAUCUACAGGAGAAAACGAGUGCUUGUGGACUGACUGGCUGCUGGAUAACAGCCUAAAUGGGGAGCAGGCUCGGCAGUACGCCUGCAUCCGCCGAUCUGACACAACCUGUAGCUGGUACCGGGGUGGACCUCCACCUGAGAAAGACUUCCUGGACAUGACUGACCCUUGACCUGUAAUUCUGACAUUCAGUUCACUCCAUUUCACUCCUGCAAAGUCAAACACUCCCUGCUUUCGCUUCUGUAGCUCAAAAUUGGCGUGCACAGUUGCAACAGACUUCACUGAAAAAUUGACUGAUUUUUACAUUCGAGGGAGCUUAACCCAACGUUGAGCUUUUGUUCGCAGAGGCGAGGUGGUUGCUACAGGAAUGCUAGGAACAUUUUCACAAAGUGCAGGGGCCUUCAACAUUCCUCCGACUCAUUCCCUCGCUCUCGCACAUUCCACUCCACUUGCUGUCUUCCACAGAAUUGGAAUAGCAGCAGACCAUCCACUGCAAAUUAUUCACCCCAGAGUGAAUCUUUUCUUCAUUUCUGAUGGCCUAAUGGUAAAUGCAUAACCUUGACAAAUACUGGUGACCUCAUAUUUGUUUAUGCAUAACUUACAAUCGGUUAUGUAAUCAUUUAGGUUAUGCAUUCACUAAAAGAAGUUGGACUUUUAUUGUAAAACAAUAGGAGGAAAGCAGUAGGGAAAAGCUGCUAACUUCUUUCACAAUAAAGCAUACUUUCCAUACUCGAAACACUGCCAUCUUUCCCCCACACAUUCUGGUGUUGAAUUUUUACCUUUAUAUAUUAUCAAAUAACUGUCCCAUACGAAUGAAAAUGCACUGUAUAUACAUUGGACAAAGCAACACCAGACCCCAAUUAAUAGUAUUUUGACAAAUUAAACAUAUAUAACCGUAUUUCUUGUACAUCUAAAACAUCACAGUUUAUACUCUCAAAUUGCUGAGAAUGUAAAUAUUGUACUUCAGUGAGAAUUAACAUUUUAAAGGCUAACCGGAUCUUGUCUUAUAGCAUAGACGUUGCUCUCUUGUGGUUUUGUGUGUUUAGCUUCCUUGGUUGAACUCUGUACUAUUUCCUGUGCCAAAAAUCUAAUCCAGCGCUUUAACAACAGCACUGCCACCUGUAGACGCCAAGCCACCUCUCCUUAGAGGAAAUGAUGUAACAGGACAAGGUUCAAUUCCCCCCUUUUUUUAACUCCUAAAAAACAGGAAGUGGAUUCUCUUCAACAUCUAAAUUCAAGAAAAAAUAGUAAAAACUUUGGCACAAGACGUUAACCAACAAAAAGAAAAAUAACUGAUGUUCAUGAACAAGCUAUAAUUAGUGAUUUAAUUGUUGUUUUAUAGGCAAUAUUUGAUAGAAUGACUCAACAUUAAUUCAAAGUCACAAUUCUGAAUUGACCCCUGUCUUGUUACUGGACUUCUUCACUGAAGGCAUACAGAUUAAAAUGCAUUAUCACUUGCUAUCUUCAUGCGUGGGCCACUAUGUAAAAAUCCUAUUAGGGCCACAUUCAACAACAAAAUAUUGAAAUUUAGCUGCACCAUGCAGUAAUUUGACAUGUUUGAAAUAUGUGAAUAGUUAAAUUCACAGAAAACAUUUAUGACUGAUAUGAUAAUAAUGCAAAAUAACUGUAUGGCUUUAGUGAAGCAUUAUCAAACAAUUUCAUGUUUGUUUUAUACUGAAAGAAUUGUUUGGGUUUGUAUUUAUGUCUCUGUUUCUGUCUAAAUAGAGUUUUCUAUUUCCAUGUACCAAAAAA